UAUCAUUGUCACGUCAAACAUUAUUUUUUCAAUGUCAAAUGAUAGUGAUUUAUAAAAGUUCUUUAUCCGCGAAAAUUCAAAACACGCUUAGUGUUUGACGAUAUAUAAGCAUAACAUAACUUCAAGUUUGUCUUCUUGAAAUGGAGUUCAACUUCAAUAUCGCAGAUAUCUUCAAUCAACCCAUCGUGGAAAUAAACCGUGAUCUCAUACCUCCAGGCUUCCGAGGCGACAGAAGGACAUUGUGGAACACUGUUAACAAAGUCUCCGAAGUCGUAAACGCUAUAGGAGAAGCUUCAGCAGCUGCUCAGGGCUUGCCGAAACCGAUAACAUCAUCGGAACGCCUGAAAAACUCAGAGCACAAACUCUACCUACUUAUCGACCAACAUGCCAACGCUGGUAAAGGUGCAGUUACCGGAAUGCUGAGAACAGGAGCCAAAGGGCUCUAUGUCUUCGACAAAGAGGGUCAGCAUUACCAAGUAUCGCCGCCUUGCAUACUGGAUUUCUAUAUUCAUGAGUCCAGCCAGAGAAAAGGCUUGGGGCGCCAGCUUUUCCAGCACAUGCUGCACAAAGAACAAGUUGAUCCAGGGAAGAUGGCCAUCGAUAGACCAAGUGAGAAACUCAUCAGAUUCCUCAACAAACAUUACGGCUUGAACUCACCGAUGAAACAAAUGAACAACUAUGUCGUUUAUGAAGGAUUUUUUCCAAAGAAGCAAACGCAAAGUUUUCCUCAAGAAACUAGCAACAAUCGUUUGGGAUUGGGCAGAAAGGAAUCAGCUAAUGGUUUGCAGAGUCAUUCUUCUCCUUUCGGAAGAUAUGGGGCAUCUAGACCACCCACUAGCAUUAGAAAACUGCUCCAUAAUGACCCACAAGAUCCUAUAACUACGACUCCUCCGCACCAUUCGCAUCAGUCCAAUGAUCAGAAUGAUAAUCAAACCAGAGAUUUCCCUAUGGACCACCAAGAGUACUCAAAACAGCCUGUUCCUGAAGGCAUGCAGCAUAAUCCAGCUACACUCACUCAUCCUAAUCCAAUGAAUAAUCAUACCAUUAACCAACAAGUUCUUCAAGGACACCAUACCCGCUCCAAUCAAAAUAUAACUACCAUGAAUCGGCAAAAUCAACAUGAAUAUUCAUUGCAAAGCCAGAUGCAGAAUAGGGUGACUAAUUCAUCACCUGAAAUACCAAAUAGAAAUCAGGCAAUGUAUCACCAACAGCAAUAUCAUAAUAACCUACAAGGUAUGCAGUCGCUUCCUCAUAUUAGAGCUGGCGAAAAUACUACUGCUGGGCAUCAGUUUGACACAGAGAAAGAUCCACAGUACAAUAUCAUCCAAAAUACUGGGUUUUAUGCACCACAAACAGAACAACCACAACAACUACAACAGCAAGCAAUGAAUUCUGAUUAUAGUCACUAUCAACAUCACCAACGAAUUCAACCUCAUGUACAUGGUAAUGAGGAUCAAUCUGGAGGGUAUACUCAUCAUCAGGAAUCAGCAGUUACAGGACAUUACCCACAAGCAGUAUCAAACAAUAAUCUUGUUGGUAUGCCCCCACAGAAUCUGCAAAAACCAGUACAAUUUGCACCAGCUACAACAAUAAACCAAACUGGGUAUUCUACACAAAAUCAGUCACCUCAAGAUGAAUCCCACUAUUCCACAAUGUCAGGAUCACAUCAUAACCAAAAUAACGCUCAACAGCAAGUCCACAUGAUUCCAACCGAACCCAUGCAGUAUCAGCAAAUAUCAAAUAACAACAACUCUGCAAUCAUUGGUGAUUCGAAUAAUCAGAAUCUGAAUCAAAUGGCGUCUCAACAUGCAUUACCUCAAUCACCAGAAGCUCAGACAAACAGUUAUGGAGACUUUGAAAAGCAUCAGAUGCCGAUUAUAUCUGAGGAGCAAAAUCCGGUCGUUGCCUCAAACGAUGCCCAGAAUUCAAAUUUGCAACAAAUGAUACCACGUGGCGCUGAUAAUGAUUAUUCACAAUCUGCUGAUCCUGUUCAGCACCAAAUGCCAACCAAUCAUCAGAAUUCACAAAAUAACGCACAGUUUUCCCAAGCAGAAUAUAAUCAAACAACACAUGUACCCCAAAGCACUGAAACAGAAAUGGUACGAGAAGUCAUCAAAAAGUCAUCAGCAGCUGCAACCAAUUCACCACCAGAAGUGAAAGAAGUUGCUUAUAUCAACCCCAUGGACUCCAGAAAUAUGAGCAACCCGAAUUAUAUCUCACAAGUGCAAUAUAAUCCAAUUCAAAAGACUCCAGUCGCCUCUAGGACCACGGUGCCAAUGGAAGAAGGUGUUUUGGAAUACGGGUAUCCCCCUCAGUUGAACAGAGCUCAAGCUUUACAUUUCCAGAAAUCUGAUGUCAUGAGUAUUAACUGAAUAUGGAGGUCACCGAUUAUAGAAUAAUCAAAACAAGAUGUAGUUUUACUU